AACCGCUUGUAACUAAGUGAAUGACGUCAUUGCGAGCGGCACCUAGCGGCCGUUGCUGGAAGCGCUGCAUGCAGAACUCGGCACUGAAGAUGGCGGAGGGGGAAUUAAACGUUGACAGUCUCAUUUCUCGACUUCUUGAAGUGCGAGGAUGUCGUCCAGGGAAGAUCGUUCAGAUGACGGAAGCAGAAGUUCGAGGACUCUGCAUUAAAUCUCGAGAGAUCUUUCUCAGUCAGCCCAUCCUGCUGGAGUUGGAGGCUCCACUUAAAAUCUGUGGUGACAUCCAUGGGCAGUAUACAGAUCUGUUGAGGUUGUUUGAAUACGGCGGUUUUCCACCAGAGGCAAACUAUCUCUUUCUGGGUGAUUAUGUGGACCGAGGGAAACAGUCUUUGGAGACCAUCUGCCUCCUACUGGCCUAUAAGAUCAAAUACCCUGAGAAUUUCUUUCUCUUGAGGGGAAACCACGAGUGCGCCUCCAUCAACCGUAUCUAUGGCUUCUAUGAUGAGUGCAAGCGCAGGUUCAACAUAAAACUCUGGAAGACGUUCACAGACUGCUUCAACUGCCUCCCAAUUGCUGCCAUCAUAGAUGAGAAGAUUUUCUGUUGCCAUGGAGGUCUCUCUCCUGAUUUGCAGUCAAUGGAACAGAUUCGUCGGAUUAUGCGACCAACUGAUGUCCCAGAUACAGGGUUGCUGUGUGAUUUGCUGUGGUCAGACCCAGAUAAGGACGUUCAGGGAUGGGGGGAGAACGAUCGUGGCGUUUCAUUCACUUUCGGCGCUGAUGUAGUCAGCAAAUUCCUCAACCGCCAUGAUCUGGACCUAAUCUGCAGGGCACACCAGGUGGUUGAAGAUGGUUAUGAGUUUUUUGCAAAGCGACAGUUGGUCACUCUGUUCUCAGCGCCAAACUACUGCGGGGAGUUUGAUAACGCCGGUGGAAUGAUGAGUGUGGAUGAGUCACUCAUGUGCUCUUUUCAGAUCCUGAAGCCAUCAGAAAAGAAGGCUAAGUAUCAGUACAGCGGGGUCAACUCAGGGCGACCUGUGACCCCGCCCCGUACGGCUCAAGCCCCCAAGAAGAGGUGAGCGGCUUGCCACCCAGAACCACACCCUUCAUCCCCCCACCUUCAGCAAACUACCCCUACCUGGGGCAGCUUUACCUUCCCAAUUCCCCUCCGAAAUCUCUCUAUUCGCCCUGCCAAACCUCUUUCUCUUUUCUUAAAAUUUGUGUACAGAAAUUUUGCUGUGACCAGUCGAAUUCUCUUUUCUUUUGCUCUGCUUGUUUGUUUAUUGGUAUUUUAAUAACAUAAAUAAUAAUAACAAUAAUAACACUGCUUUGGGAAGCAACUCUUGAGCUGCUCUACAAAGAACCCAGAGCAAAACACACACUCAUUCUCUUACACGAAGAUCUCAGUAGUGUCCUGAUAUAUAAGCAUUUUAUUAAACUUUACUUCAGUACUCUUUGAUUAUUGAACAUUAAUGUUGAUUCAUAAAGAAAGAGUGGCGAUUGUAAGUAUUUGAAGGUUGUUGUGUAUUUCGCUACACUCUGAAGUUUCAAGACCAGAGGCUUUCACGCACACACAAACACACUUAACUCAGUUGUCAGGGUGCUUGAUCACUGGUUAGCAGACACUUUACACGAACACAGACACAAUCCAUUGUCGAUAAACUAGGUCAGUGUGGACAGAGCUGGAAAAGGGAUUUUAACUUGGAUACCGUGACACACACACACACAUUUGCACAGCUGCAUUUACAAACGGCAUUGCAUGUUCUGUUUUCUUAAUACCUCUGGGAUUUACAGCGAAACUCUAUAGACCUCUGUUUAACGUGCUGUUUUUGUCUUACGAUAGUAAUAAUUCAGGAGAAAAGUGUCACGGCAUAACACUUCUUUGCAUGACCCUUGUACACAUCAGUAAUAAUCUGUCUGAAACGACGUAAUCCACCAGCCAUUUUUUCAUUGGAUAACAAGACGUAGAGCCUCCAAAUAUUGGUUCAAUAUUAAUGAAUUGCACUUGUUUGAAGUUCCCCAACAUUGUUUAGAAGGUUAAAAUGGAUUCUAUUGGAUUUGUUUAAGAACUUAUUCCCUAAACGAGUAGCACAUGUGACUAAACAAUGCCUUUCUGUGAGGAAUGCCUUUCCUCACUUCAUUAUUCACCUGUCAUAAUUCAUUCUUUUUUAAUGUUUUUAUUUUUGUGUGUUGCUGUUUACUUCUUCUCCUUAAUUUAUUUCCAAAUGUUGGGAAAGCUAUCAAAGUGUUCUAAAAGCAGUUCAUGAGUUUUGUAUAAGUGGGCUUCAAACUUAAUAAAUGGAAGAAAACUC